AUGGAAGACAGGAACAUGGUAGCUGCGGAUUGUGUUGUCAUAUCCUGUUGCUGCCAAUGCUUGAUGUUACAACUGAUCGUGUUCCUCUUGCUCAAACUUCCUCCCAAACUCAUUCAGAAGACUAAAGCAUACGCAAAGAAGAAGCUUUGGCACAGAAAGAAAGAAAAGAAGAUAUUAGAAUCAGUAAAAGGUAGAGUUCAGGAUAGGUUUGUGGAAUUUCAAGAAAGUUCUGUAAGAAUUCAAGUAGAUGACUUCCAUGGGGACCAUGAUUGUGGAAAUUGCAUGGAGGAAGUUGAGAAGGUCUUAGAAGAAUUUUCUCAGAAGGGCGAGUUUGCUUUUGGAAGCUUUUGGGGUAGGGCUGGAUCAGGGACCUCUCAAACAUGUACAGCCGCUGUACAUGAAUUUGAUUUAAGUGUUGUAAAGUUUGAAUUGGUUGAAAUAAUUAGUACUUCUUUCAGACAUUAA